UUUAUUGCUUCGUGAAAAAGUUAAGUGUCGCGAAAAGUUUCGAAAAAGUUAAAUUUUCUGUGCAACAAAUUAGCUUAAAAUUAAACGAACCGUGAAACACUAGAAGAAAAUAUAUUUGCACUCCUCUGUAUUGAAAUCAGUAGCAGCCUCACACAAUUCUGUGUACACAAUAAAGGAGGGGGCUGGCAAUAGGAAAUAAAAGUGAUAAGGUGACGGCAGCAAGAGGGGGCGUCAAGGAAUACACACGAUAACAGAAUCAAAAGAAAGUCGAGCGCAGCUUAAAGUGUAAAUAAAAUUCUUAAAGAAUUGAACGGCAACCGAAGUUAAUAUUUGUUGGUGGCGUUGGCAGAGUACCAUAUUUUUUUACUUAACCGGCGACCUGCAUCUAUAUCUGUGUUCUCAUAUACCAUCAGAUCAUUGCGCAUAGCACUUACGCCCCUCUUCGGUCAUUGAAUUCGUUUCAUCUUGCCGAAAGUAGAACAAAUACGAUAAAAAACCCAAAGCAAAAGUGCAUUUGCAAUGAAUCCCGCAACGGACCCGUGGGUUAUUACCCAAAGAGAGAAACUGAAGUAUCAGGAACAAUUUAAGGUUCUACAACCACAAGGUGGUUUCGUUACUGGUGCCCAAGCGAAAGGUUUCUUUUUGCAAUCGCAAUUGCCUCCUCUUAUCCUGGGACAAAUAUGGGCGUUAGCGGACACUGACUCCGAUGGCAAGAUGAAUAUCAAUGAGUUUAGCAUCGCAUGCAAAUUGAUUAAUUUGAAGCUACGUGGCAUGGAUGUCCCGAAAGUCUUACCACCCACUUUACUUGCGUCACUUACUGCUGUAGGUAGCACACCAACAAUGACACCCACUGGCACGGGUAGUCUGAGUCCUCUGGAUCCGCUGAAAUCAAUGGCUACUAGUGUUAAGCCACCUGUCGUCGCUGGUGUUGUUCCUAAUAUGCCAAUAUCAGGGGCAACAUUACCGGGAGCAGUACCCGUCGUACCAGGUACAUUACCAGGCGUGCUGCCACAAGUUUUGCCACCUACCAUGACUACAGGCGUGAUAUCUGGUAUUCCACCGGCUGGUAUGCCAGCAGCGCCUAUACCUGUCACCACUACUGGUACAGUAGGAAUGGUUUUGCCUAGCGGUGUUAUACCGCCUGGCAUGAUGCCUGCAGGUGCAGCUGGUAUACCUGGAGUAGGCCCAAUUACUGGCGUAGGUACGGCUGGUAUAAUACCCGGAAUUGUACCACCAGUUGCAGGGGGCGUACCAGUUCCCGGCAUGGUACCAAUGCCAGUUGCUGCCACUAGCGGGGCUGUACCUCUAACUAUGAUCCCUGGUAUAACAACGGCAUCAAGUGCUGUGUUACCACCACCUGGAAAAGUUGCUUCUCCACCGAACAGUGGUGAGGUUUCCAAGGUACCGGCCACACCAACACCACCACAAAGCAACCCACCCAGCCGACAUAUGUCAAUUUCAGACCGUGCACCAUCCAUCGAAUCACCGCAGAGUGAGUGGGCCAUCAAGGGGCCAGCCAAGCGGAAGUACACACAAGUCUUCAAUGCAACCGAUCGUACCCGUUCUGGCUAUUUGACCGGCGCACAGGCACGAAGUAUACUCGUACAAAGUAAGUUGCCCCAAGCUACACUGGCGCAAAUUUGGACGCUCUCCGACUUAGACUCAGAUGGACGUCUAAGCUGUGACGAGUUCAUUUUGGCUAUGUUUCUAUGCGAUAAAGCCAUGAAUGGAGAAAAGGUGCCCGUAACCUUGCCACUUGAUUGGAUACCACCGAGUUUUAGGAAAAAUAAAUCACGUCAGGGAUCUAUAUCAGGACCUGGGUCACGGACUGGAUCUACGCCAGCAUCCCGACAUGCCUCCGUGUCCUCGCAAGGCACUGUUGACGCUGAUCCAGCUGCAGGCCUACCCCAAACAUCGUUUGAAGACAAACGCAAAGAGAACUUUGACAAGGGUCAAGCAGAAUUGGAUCGAAGGCGUAAAUUAUUGCAAGAUCAACAGCGCAAAGAGAAGGAAGAACGUGAACGUAAAGAACGGGACGAGGCAGAGAAACGUGAGAAAGCACGACUUGAAGCCGAACGUAAGCAGCAAGAAGAGUUAGAACGACAGUUGCAGAAGCAACGCGAGCUGGAAAUGGAAAAGGAAGAACAACGAAAACGAGAACUAGAAGCUAAGGAGGCAGCCAGAAAGGAGUUGGAAAAGCAGCGACAAAUGGAGUGGGAGCAGGCUCGUAUAGCAGAGAUGAAUGCUCAAAAGCAACGAGAACAAGAACGUGUACUAAAACAGAAAGCGCACAACACACAGCUCAAUGUUGAGUUGAGCACAUUGAAUGAAAAGAUUAAGGAUUUGUCUCAAAAAAUUUGCGAUACACGGGCUGGUGUAACAAAUGUUAAAACUAUAAUCGAUGGCAUGCGUUCUCAAAGAGAUACUUCAAUGUCAGAAAUGGCGCAACUUAAAGCACGCAUCAAAGAGCAAAAUGCAAAAUUACUACAACUUACACAGGAGCGCGCCAAAUGGGACACGAAGAGUAAGAGUGCGAUUUUAGCUGGUGAUGCUGCACAACAAGAGCAGUUGAAUGCUGCUUUUGCCAACAAACAAUUGAUCAUAAAGCAAUUGAAAGACAAAGUCGAAAAUAUACGCAAUGAAAUCGAUUCCAAAAAAGAAGAUAUCAAUUCAAACGAUGUACAAGUGGCCGAAGUAAAAGGUGAACUGUCGGCACUCAUAACUAAAUGCGAAGAACUCUAUGCCGAUUAUGAUUCGCAGCGCACUCAAGUGCUUGAGUUGAAAUACAACAAAAAGAACGACAAUGUUACAGCAGUGACAUCUGCCUGGGAUACAGGAUCCGCUGCGUGGGGCAGCAGUGUAGACCAGUAUGCUCUCUCCAAUGAUACCAGUGCGCUUACAGAUACUACAACAACUGUCGCUGCGCCUGUAGAUAUGUCGGGGCCAGCACCUGAAGGCUUUGUCAAAUAUCGUGCGGUUUACGAGUUCACAGCGCGCAAUCAAGAUGAAAUUACAUUCGUGCCUGGGGAUAUAAUACUGGUACCACUGGAACAAAAUGCAGAGCCUGGCUGGUUGGCUGGUGAGAUAAAUGGGCACACUGGCUGGUUCCCGGAAACUUAUGUGGAGAAAAUCGAAGACGAAUAUUCGACUGUUACAACGGCGCCAGCUAUUACAGCAGUGGCGGAUACUGAUACGCAAAUAAGCGGUUAUGCGGCACAAGAUGCCUUCAACGACAACAGUCAAAGCCUCGGCGCAGACGCACACAACGGUGAAGUCGAAUAUUAUAUCGCUGCCUAUCCAUAUCAGUCUGCUGAAGUAGGGGAUUUGAGUUUCAAUGCCGGUGAAAUGGUCAUGGUAAUCAAGAAAGAAGGCGACUGGUGGACAGGAACAAUUGGCACACGAACAGGUAUGUUCCCGUCCAACUACGUACAGAAGGCCGACGUAGGUGCGGCGGUGACAGAGAUGCCAGCAGAUAUCACCAGCGCCUUUGAUGAUCAAAAGGAAAAUGGCAACGCUGAUACAAUCGCCAGUAUCGCCAAAACAGCCACUACACCACACGAUCAAAUAACAAGCAAUGACACAACCGCUACAGCAACAACAGCAACAACAACAACACAUCAACAAAAGAAAAUUAGUAGCGAUAUUAGUGCAGAGACGGUAAUUGAAAAUACAGCAGCGGCUGCAGCUGCUGAGGACACGCGUACUAAUGAAGACUUGGACACGGAAGUUUCACAAAUCAAUACACAGUCAAAGAGUCAAAAUGAAACUGCGGAAUCGUAUAGUCGCCCAAUGUCACGCACCUCUUCCAUGACGCCUGGUAUGCGCGCCAAACGCUCAGAAAUUGCACAAGUUAUUGCGCCUUAUGAGGCAACUAGUCCCGAACAGCUGUCACUGACCCGUGGCCAAUUGAUAAUGAUACGAAAGAAGACCGAUUCCGGUUGGUGGGAGGGCGAGCUGCAAGCGAAAGGUCGGCGUCGCCAAAUCGGUUGGUUUCCAGCCACCUAUGUGAAAGUAUUGCAAGGCGGACGCAAUAGUGGGCGCAAUACGCCAGUGUCCGGCAGUCGCAUUGAAAUGACGGAACAAAUUUUAGACAAGGUCAUUGCUUUGUAUCCAUAUAAGGCACAAAACGACGAUGAACUCUCUUUCGAAAAAGAUGAUAUUAUCAGCGUAUUGGGCCGCGAUGAGCCCGAGUGGUGGCGAGGCGAGCUGAAUGGCUUAUCAGGCUUAUUUCCUAGUAAUUAUGUUGGUCCAUUUGUGACAUCCGGUAAGAAGGCGAAUAGUGGCAAAUAGCACAAACAAAUUAUUUAAUAAUGCGCAAGAACGAAUAACUCGAUUUGUUAUGGUGUUCCAUAAUUUAACUUUUAAGUUGAUUUUUCUAAAAGUAUUUAUAUAUUACAUAGAAGCUAUUACGCUUUGUUAUUGUUUUCUCUAUGCUCUCUGUGCAAACGUAGUAGCUGUUUUUUUAUUAGGUCGAAAGUUUAAAGAACACUUAUCUCACUUUACACACUUUAUAGUGAAUGUGCUUUAUACAUUUUUAUUUUGUUAUUGCUUUGUUUAUUAGCAUUUACAGCUGUAUACUAAAAUGUAAUUGGUAAUCAGCGAAAUUGGGCAUGAUUGCUGAUAAUGAUUACUCGUUCAUUCCAUUUGUUGCCUUUCAAUUAAUAAAAGAAUGUUUUUUUGUUUGUUUUUGUA